CAUUUCCCAGGUGCCACCGCAGCGGAAGUAAUCCAACUUCCGGUGCUCUAGCGGCGCUAUUGCGGAGGGUCAGGUCUUUCUGGUGGGAGUUCCCUCGCGGCCACCAGGGCUGAAGCAGAAGACCAAGAUUCACUAAGGAGAGGGAGGAAGCCUGAAGAAGAAUGGCCAGCUCUAAUUCUCAGCACACGGUCUGUGGGUCAGUGACAUUUGGGGACGUGGCUGUUGACUUCUCUAAAGAGGAGUGGGCCUGCCUGGAUGCUACUCAGAAGGUCUUAUACAGGGACAUAAUGUUGGAGACCUACAGCAACCUCGUCACAGUGGUGGGACGUUGCAUUUCCAAGCCUGAUCUGAUCAUCUUACUAGAGCAGGAGAAAGAACCGUGGAUGACUGUGAAUAAAGGAACAAACAGGCCGACCCCAGGUUUGGAGACAUGUUUUGAAGCUGAAAAUAGAUCUCCAAAGAAUCAUAUUUCUAAUAAAAAGUUACCCAAACAAACCAUACAGCAAUUAAGUAAAACUUUGGACCUCCAGGAUGUCAGUAAUGGCCCCCGCUACAAUGUAUCCAAGGGGCUACAGAAUCAAGGAGAUGCUGAUCAAAAUAUUACUAACAAAAAAGAAAUGCGUACUUAUACUAGCCAGACUCUUGCUCACAAUAAAGAAAAACCAUAUGAAUGUAAAGAGUGUGGGAAGUGCUUUGGUUGUAGGUCAAAUCUUACUCAGCAUGAGAGUAUUCAUACCGGAGAGAAGCCCUAUGAGUGUAAGGAUUGUGGGAAGACCUUCAGACUCCAGCAAAUGCUAUCAAGACAUCAGAAGUCUCACAGUGAUGAGAGACCUUUUGAAUGUAAUGAAUGUGGAAAGGCUUUUCAUCUUCCUACCCUGCUUCAGUACCAUAAAAAUAUUCAUACAGGUUUAAAACCAUUUGAAUGUGAGGAAUGUGGGAAGUCCUUCAACCGCAUCUCUACCCUUUUUCAGCAUAGGACUAUUCAUGCUGGUAUGAAACCAUAUAAAUGUAAUGUGUGUGGGAAAGCCUUUAAUCGUCGCUCAAACCUCAUGCAACAUCAGAAAAUUCAUUCUGAGGACAGACCUUUUCAUUGUAAGGUAUGUGGAAAGGCCUUCACUGUUCUGGCACAGCUUACUCGUCAUGAGAACAUUCACACUGAAGACAAAUCAUUUGAAUGUAAGCAAUGUGGAAAGAUAUUUAGUAAUGGUUCUUACCUCUUACGACACUAUGAUACUCAUACCAGUGAGAAACCCUUUGAAUGUAAUGUAUGUGGCAAGGCUUUUAGGCUUCAUCUAUACCUUUCUGAGCAUCUGAAAACUCACACUGAUGAGAAACCUUUCAAGUGUAAGCUCUGUGACUCAGCCUUUAGACGUAAGUACCAGCUCAGUGAACAUCAGAGAAUUCAUACCGAUGUGAAACCCUAUCAAUGCAAGGAUUGUGGGAAAUUCUUUCGUCGACGAUCAAAUUUUACUGAGCAUCAGAGUAUUCACACUGGAAAGAAACCUUUUGAGUGUAAGGAAUGUGGAAAAGUCUUUAGACUAAAUAUACAUCUCAUUCGACAUCAGAGAUUUCAUAGUGAUGAGAAACCUUUUGAAUGUAAAGAAUGUGGAAAGACUUUUCAUUUUUCCAGCCAGCUUAAUAACCAUAAAGCCAGCCAUACAGGUCAGACUCCUUUUGAAUGUAAAGAAUGUGGGAAGUCCUUCAAGCGUGUCUCCAGCCUUGUGGAACAUAGGAUUAUUCAUAGUGGUGUGAAACCAUAUAAAUGUAAUGCAUGUGGAAGAGCCUUCAAUCGCCGCUCAAACCUCAUGCAACAUGAGAAAAUUCAUUCUGAUGAGAGACCCUUCCAGUGUAAGGACUGUGGAAAGGCCUUCACUGUUCUGGCUCAGCUCACACGCCACCAGACUAUUCAUAAUGGAAAGAAAUCAUAUGAAUGUGACCAGUGUGGGUCAGCUUUCAGACUCCCGUACCAACUUACUCAACAUCAGAGAAUUCAUUAUGAUGUGAAACCAUUUCAGUGCAAGGAAUGUGGAAAGGGCUUUGUUCGUAGUACAGGCCUUAGAAUCCAUGAAAGAAUCCACACUGGUGAGAAGCCUUUUCAGUGUAAGGAAUGUGGAGAAGCCUUUCAAUAUCAUUACCAAUUUCUUGGACACUUUAGAAUUCACACUGGCAAGAACCCUUAUGAAUGUAACGAAUGUGGGAAAUACUUUACUUAUGGUAGAGACCUUAAAGUACAUCAGAGUAUUCACAAUCUUGAGAAACCUUAAGAAUGUGGGAAGGCCUUCAGUUGAAAAUCAAAGGUGGUUUGACAUGCUAAACUUUAAUUUUAUGAAGAAGCCUUAUAAUGUAAGGAAUGCGGAAAGCCUUCAGUAAUUCUAAGCUAGUUGUAUAUCAGUGAAUUCAUACUGGUCUGAAGCCUGGUUAAUAUAAGAAUUGUGAGAAAGUUGAGCCUUCAGUGCACAUCAGAGAAUUCAUACUGGUAUGAAACCCUAUCACUGUAAAGGAUGUGGAAAAACCAGCAGCUGGAGCUCAGGCCUUCAACAUAAAAGUAUCCAUGCUGUUGUCAAAUACUAUUCAAGGAAUGUGUAGACAUUUAUAGAACUCGUUCUGAAAGCUCAUGAAGGAGUCCAUAUAAGUCUGAAACCCUAAGGAUGUGAAAAAUCUUUUAUGUUAAAUGGUGAGCUUAUACAACAUCAGAAAAGGAAGAUGGGCAAGCCUUUUUAUGGAAAUUUUACUGAACAUCAAAGAAGUCAUAUUGACAAGACUGGGACUGAAAAGAAUCUGGGAAGAACUUUAACCAGCAUCUGAGUAUUCAUAUACUCAUGAUACCAAGAAACCCUUAGAGAAUGAAAGUGUGGGAAUUCUGUUGUUCACAGAAAAUACUGUUGAGAAUUGUCUUUGACAGAAAGAUAUAUUGCAGCCUUCGUGCCCCUAAGUUAUCUAAUCUUUAAUACUACUGUUAAUUGCAUAACUUAAUUCAUCAAACACAAUUCAGCUAACUUAGGAAAAACAGUAAUUGAGACUAGUAUUAUUUGAGGCACCUUGCCACCAUUUACAUCCCAUGGCUCCUGUGCUAUUAGACUGGAUGCUAUUUUCUUUCUGCAUAGUUAAUGAUGAGCACAGAACCAGCCAAACUUGUGGAAACAGGGUUAUAAUAGCUAUAGAAUCCUUGAGAGUAUUUGGUUCAUGUUCUAUAAAGUAGUUUUUACAGUGUUCUUGCUUUCAUGAGCUUUACUGUAACUGAUAUGCAAGGCAAGCUGUGUUGUAGAUAGUUUAGAAAAGCCUCAUGCAAUCCUCUGGUGUUAAGUUCCAAAUACUUCCUUCUGGAUAAAAUCUGAUAGAUGAAAAACUACAUGAAAACAUUUUUAUUCUCAAUCCAUUUCUUUAGCUUUUGUGCAGAGAUGUUUAAAAACUAGGUGUUUGUGAAUAAGUACUUUUAAAGGGGUUAAACAUGUAACAACUUUCAAAAGAUAAAAUCCUAUGAUUUAUGUUCUUUGCCCAGAUAUUAAGAUAAGAUAUAUUUGUGACUGGGCAAGACAGUGCAGUCUCCUCCAUCUCAUGUUGAUGAGACCAUUUUAGGUUUGACUAGAAUUUGACUUUAGAUGGAGGAGAUUCUUAGAAAUUUACCCAACUCUAGUUUAUGAACCAGGGGUCAAGAUGCUCCUGCUGAUUUAUUUUGGCUUCUCUUAAACUGCCUGCAUGUGCAAACUUCCCGCUUGAGCUAACUGCUUACCCUGGCUUUUGUUAAACUGCCUGCUUGGGCAAACACUUCCUCUGUAGCUGCUGAGCAAGAUAUCAGAAUGUGGUUGUUGUUUUUAAUAGCCCCUUGCUCUAAAUGCUUGUGAGUGUACUUGGAUCUUGAAUACACGAGUAUAGUCCCAGCCAACAGGAAUAAAGACUUUCUGUUGGCUAUAAUUUGUGUUUGACUCCAUUUUCUCUGGUGGGCUCUCCAUAAAACACUAACAAAAAUAGCCCAGUUUGAAGCCAGGUGUAAAAAUACAUGUGAGAAAUGUUUCAUACAUAUGUAAAAGUUGGAAGAAUCAAAAACACAGUUCUGUACCAUCAUCGGUUAAAAACUGCUAGUUCACCAUGUUAACCCUGUUUUUCUGUAUAUAUGGGUUUGGGGGUUGUAGUGUUAAUGUGUUUUAGAAUUGAGUGUGGUAGUGCAUUCCUAAAACCCAGUUCUAGGAAAGCUGAGGCAGAAGGACUUUUAAGUUGUGACUAAGCCCAAUUUUGGCUGUGUAGAGAUCCUUUCUCCCUUUCUCCCUUAUGUCAUCAGCUAAGAUGGCAUGUCAUUCAUACCACAGAUCCAUCUCUACUCUUAGGGAAAUGAUUCAGAAUUAGAACUUUCAGAAACCUGUCAUUGGUUUCUAAAGUGUCAUUGUUACAAAUGUGUGCAUCCUAAGAAUCUAAUAUAGAUUUGGCCUUGUUCUUGCCUUUACUUAAAUUUCAGAGUUGAUUAAACCUAGGGUCUUGAGUGUGGUGGGCAUGAACUUAGUCACCCAGCUACAUACCUGGCCUUUAGCCUGUAUCUUCUAUUCAAGAGAAGUUAGGUUCAGAUGAAACAUUUGAGGUAAAAACACAUUGUAGAUUUUUGUCUUGUUGCCAGCAUGUCCAGAAGCACUUAGGUGUCAGCUAUCACAUUAGGUAAGGUGGUAGCUGCCAGUGCUCCACUAAAAAAUCUUAAGUAAUAGAUGUAAAGAGACUUACUUCCAAAUAGUUACAGAUAUGGAUACUUUAAUCCUGGGUCCAAUAUGAAUAAAAAUUGAAAUCAACUUAUGAAUGAGUAGCGUAAUGUUAUCAUAAUUCAUCAUGUUUGGUAUAACUGGUACAAUACUCAAUACAAACCUAAUACUAUUCGGGGCAAUCAGGAAGCUAGACUUUGUACCUUGUUUUUGUUGGCACUUUAGCUCCCUUUAGUGUCAAAAGAGAAAAAUCUUUCAAGAGCAUAAAUUUUGCUGAUAUUUCUUCACUUUGGUUUCUAUAAUCAUUUGAAUUUGGUAUUUUACAGGAUUCUUAAGUAUAUUGUUAUGGAAAAGUCCCUCAUUUUGUUAGUGCCUAUCUUGAAUGAUAGCUUCAUGUAUAUGAUCCUUUUAGGAGGGAUUGCUCUGAGUCAAGUUCGUCAUGGUGAAAAAGCCUUGUCUAGUAGAAAAUUCAGUAGUGGGUGAUAUUGAGCAUAUUAUUGUUUCUACCUGUAUUAAACAGUGUUCUCUUGAGUCACAGCACCUAUACAGUGAUUCUGUCUCCAAUAUAUGUAGGUGUACACACACACCUACAUAUAUACAUAUAUCACACCAACAAAAAAAUAAAAAACCCAGCCAAACCAAACAAAAUAAAGCAAACCCCAACAACAACUGGAAGAUAACCUGUCACCCUGCAAGAUACUGAUACUUGUGUUACAUGGAAGCACAGAUGAACACAUCACAUGUAUGUUACAGGAUAUUGUGUGGUCAUGUGGAAAGAUGGACCCAUAUAUUUGUACAAUGUCAGUUACUGAAUAAGCAAUAAAUUUACAACCGUUUGUCUUGCUGAGUAUUUUGUCAAGUAAUCCCAAUUUUGCUUGCUAAUGGGUUGUUGACAAUAAUAGGUUUUAGUCCAAUAUUUUUUAAUUUUUUGGUUGUGGGUUUUUUGUUUUGUUUUUGGUUGUUUGUUUUUUUGAGACAGGAUUUAUCUGUCUAUCCCUUGGUGUCCUGGAACUCUCUUUGUAUACUAGGGUGGCCUUGAACUCACAGAGAUCUACAUGCCUCUGCUUUCUGAGUGCCGAGUUUGAAGGCACAUGCCACCAAGCUUUGCCUUUUUAUUCUGAUCUUAAUUACCAAUUCGAAGUCUUCCAUUGCACUUUAACAUUGCCACACAGUAAUACUACAAAUGUGCAAGUUACAAAAUGGCUCAAAAAGGGUAAAGAGGUUUCAAGAUUUAAAGAGGCUAUGCCAAAAUCUAGACACAGCUGUCUUUUUGGAAGAGUCUGGAGAGGCCAGAAAAAAAUGUUACAUACUGCAGGUGUUUUUCAGGAGCAGAGAUGCCAAAUACAAGUCCAGAUGGCAGGUCAUCUGAGGGCGAACUUGCUCUACAUAGUAAGUUCCAGGAAUGCAAAGGCUACAAAGUAAACCCUGUUUUGAAAGACAAAAAGAACAAAAUGAAAGCAUUUGUGAUGGUGGAUUCUACUGUCAUUCCUGACUGCUCUAGCAGGUCCCUGCAUUCCCUACUCCUCCCAGUCAUGUUUGAAGUUGUGCUAUUGGGAGUAUGCUCUGAGUGUAUUUUAGUUCUUAGACAGGGUUUCAUUGUGGUGGCCUCUUCUCACAGACAUCCACCUGGCUGUGCCUGCCCAUGGCCGGGAUUAAAAGCCAUGUGCUACCACACCCAGCCGUGUUUAUUGUCACUUGAUGACUUGCCCUCUUUAUUAUCAUAAAUGUAAUGACCAUAUCAUGGUAAUGUCCUUUGCCCCCUAGUCACCUCCAUUUUAAAUCAACUUGAGUUUUCUUUUGAUUAUUGUGAAGAUGGUCACAUAUUUUCUGUAGUUAACACAUGGUCCAGGUUGACUUAUUUCAAAUCUAAUCUGUCUAUAAUUUAGGCGUUUAGAUUAUUUACAAAGCAUUUAAUAUGAUUAGUGGUCCUAGUAGGAUUAUCAUUAACAUUGACAAUUGUUUUCUCUCACAUUCUGGAAAAAAGUGUGUAAAUAUGAACAAUAAAAGUGGUUUUGAAAGCUCA